AUGGAACAGGUGCUAGCGACAGUUCCUCGUAAGGUAACUCCAGAUAUGAACUUGGCCUUAAAUGCACCUUAUAGUCAGGAGGAGGUCAAAAAUGCUUUAUUCCAGAUGUUUCCAACCAAAGCACCUGGCCCAGAUGGUUUUCCAGCUCACUUCUUCCAGAGGCAUUGGGAGAUUUGCAAGGAUGAGGUGACAAAUGUGGUGUUGAAAAUUGUGGAAGGAAACGAAUCGGCUGAGUCUAUCAAUGAGACAGUCUUAGUUCUGACCCCGAAGAUUGCUUCUAAGGUGAUCGCUAACCGUCUGAAAGUAGUCUUGCCUGACAUCAUAUCUGAGGAGCAGUCAGCUUUUGUCCCAGGAAGGUUAAUAACUGAUAACAUUAUCACUGCCUACGAGUGCCUACACUUUAUGAAGAGGAACAAGGCAAAAAAGCACCAGUCAUGUGCGUUGAAGCUUGAUAUGAUGAAAGCCUAUGAUAGACUGGAAUGGCCCUAUCUGAGGGCGAUUAUGCUUAAACUUGGCUUCACCAAUAGGUGGGUGGACAUCGUUAUGAGUCUGGUUACCACAGUUAAAUUUUCUGUGAUGUUCAAUGGUAAGAAACUUGAAGAGUUUGAACCAUCAAGGGGGAUAAGACAAGGGGACCCAAUCUCUCCAUAUUUGUUCUUGCUAGCAGCAGAGGGCCUGUCGUGCCUAUUAAAAUCCAGAAGAGAGUCAUCCAACUUGCAAGGUCUACAGGUGGCACCCUCAGCCCCACCGGUGAACCAUUUGCUAUUCGCUGAUGACAGCCUGCUGUUCUUCAAGGCAAACGGUGAGGGAGCUAAUGAGGUGAACCUGGUUUUGGACCAAUAUUGUCAAGCGUCGGGGCAGCGAGUAAAUAAUGCAAAAUCAUCUAUCUUCUUCAGCAAGGGGGUGCCAGAUAGUACGAGGCAAGACAUAAAGAACUUGCUGAAUGUACAGAAUGAAACUUUGAAUGAGAAGUAUCUUGCUCGCCAGGCAUGGCGACUCUUGCUUAACCCAGACUCCCUAAGUGGCCGAAUAUUGAAGGGAGUUUACUUCCCUAACAGCAUCAUACUAGAAGCCGAGCUGGGUACACACCCGAGCCAGAUCUGGAGGGCCGUGAUAGAGGGAAGGGAUACUCUGAAACUUGGCCUGAUCAAGCGUAUAGGGAAUGGACAAUCAACAAACAUCUGGACAGAUAAUUGGCUCCCUCGUGAUGAAAUGCUACAUCCUUAUGGCAGCGUGUCUCCAAACCCCCCUACUUUUGUCGCUGAGCUCAUCGACCCUACUUCUGCUAGCUGGAUCAGGGAACGAGUGGAGGAGGUGUUCAUGCCAAUGGAUGUCCCAAUCAUUCUUGGGAUCCCCCUCUGUACAAGAAACAUUCCAGAUUUCUGGAGUUGGAACUUUGAAAAGAAGGGUAAUUUCACGGUGAAGUCGGCAUACAGAAUGUUGGUGACUAUUAAACAGCGGAGAGAGGCGUGGCUCGAAGGCAACGCCGGUCCCUCUAGGACGGCUGCGGAGGAGAAUUCAUGGAAAAACCUGUGGAAGAUCAAGGUACCUGGAAAGGUCAGAAUGUUCUUGUGGCGCUUGUCCAAGCAAUCGCUACCCACAAAUGACGUGAGAGCUCAUAGGCACAUGACAGACUCCCCUGCUUGCGGUAUCUGUGGCUCGCCAGAUUCAUGGAGACAUUCACUGGUCAAUUGUACGAUGUCACGAUGCAUCUGGGCCCUGGUUGAUGAUGAGAUGGCACAACAAUUGAUAUCAACCACGGAGCCCAGUGCCAAGAACUGGCUGUUCACAUUGAUGGAGCUUUUGUCACAUGAAAUGUUUGUCAAACUUUCAGUUACAUUAUGGGCGAUCUGGACAGCUCGUCGGAAGGCUAUUCACGAAGGCAUAUUUCAAAGCCCUCACGCUACAUACUCCUUUGUCAAUAGGUAUAUUGAAGAACUCGGAAUGAUUUCUGGGAAGGAAGAGACGAGGCUAACUGAACCUCCAGUGCAGGGACGAGCGCCGAGACCCAGGCGACCACCUACGGGCUUUCAUAAAAUCCAUGUGGAUGCAGCAACACGCCAAGGCAGAGGUGGAGCUGUUUCAGCUGUUUGUAGAGAUGGCAACGGCAACUUCGUUGGCAGUUCAGCUCUGGUGAUAAUAGGUGUUCAGGAUCCAGCAACACUUGAAGCCAUCGCUGUGAGGGAAGCUCUAUCACUUGUGGCGGAUAUGCAUAUUCAGAACUUGGUGGUCUUUUCAGAUUGCAAGCAAGUGAUCAUGGAUAUAAAGAGCGAUUCGGCAGGAAGAUAUGGAGCGAUCAUUAAGGAAGUCAAGCUCCAAGCAACUUUUUUCAACUGUAAUUUUAUUUUUGAAAGUCAUAGGGUUAAUGUUGAGGCUCAUAAACUAGCCAAGUAUUCUCUUAUUCUUGGUCCGGGACGGCACAUUUGGUUUGGCCACUCCCAUGACCAACGAUGUAUCCCACAUUCUGUGGUCUAUGAUGAAUAA